AGAAGGAGAUCACAAUUCACAAUUAACAAAAAGGGUCUCCCUCUCUCUCUCUCUUCCAUUCCUUUUGGACGUUUAGGCAAUUUUCCCAUAACUGGAUUCUGGGUUUUUUGCUCAUUCCAACAAGGUUUGGAAGAUCAGAAAGCAGAGCAAAAACUUGUCCUUCUUUUUCAAAUUUCUCAACCCAAUACCUUCAAAUUCUGUUCCAGUUAUGGCAGAGACUUCAGCAACAAAUGGAAACCAUGUUAAUUUGAAUGUGAAAGAUGGUGAUGCAAAUCAAAGUUCUCACCACUCUCCUUGCAACACCAAUCCUUGUGUCUCUGUUCCUUUCAUUCAGAAGUUGCUUGCCGAGGUAUUGGGUACGUAUUUCUUGAUAUUUGCCGGUUGUGGCUCAGUGGUUGUGAAUUUGGACAACGAAAAAGUGGUGACUGCUCCCGGAAUUUCCAUUGUCUGGGGUUUGGUUGUGAUGGUCAUGAUUUACUCUGUUGGCCACAUCUCCGGUGCGCAUUUCAAUCCUGCGGUCACCAUUGCCUUUGCCUCUACUAAGAGGUUUCCAUACAAACAGGUACCGGCUUACAUAGCUGCUCAAGUCCUUGGAUCUACCUUAGCUAGUGGCACACUUAGGUUACUAUUUAAUGGCAGAGAUGAUCACUUUACAGGGACACUUCCAGCUGGUUCCGACAUUCAAUCGUUUGUGAUUGAGUUCAUCAUCACAUUUUACCUCAUGUUUGUUGUGUCCGGUGUUGCAACUGAUAACAGAGCGAUUGGAGAGCUUGCUGGGCUUGCCGUUGGAGCUACAGUUCUUCUUAAUGUGAUGUUUGCAGGACCGAUUUCAGGUGCAUCAAUGAACCCAGCAAGAAGCUUAGGUCCUGCUGUUGUUCACAGCCACUAUAAAGGACUAUGGAUAUACCUAGUGGCUCCAACUCUUGGCGCCAUAGCUGGUGCUUGGGUCUAUAACUUAAUCAGAUUCACCGACAAACCUCUGCGUGAGAUCACUAAGAGUGGCUCUUUCCUAAAGAGCAUUGGAGUUAGGGCGUAACGGCUCCAUUUGAUGCAAAAUAAUGUGAAAUUACAGUAUCGCCCUUUACGUUAACUCAUCAUCACUGCAAAACAAAGCCUGUAGUCUUUGGUUUUGAGAAGAAAAGGGAACUCUUGUUAAGUUUUUUUUUUUUUUUUUUUUUUUUUUUUUUUUUUUUUUUUUUUUCUAGGGUAGUUGGCUUAACAGAAAUAUUAUAAGUUGUGCCUGUUGCCAUGUCUUUUUUUUUUUAUUUUUAUUUUUACUGUCUUCCUUUUC